AUGGAGUGGUCAGACAAACAUGAUUUGGUGGUGUUUGUUACGGAACCCUACCAACAUCCGUAUAGAAGCAAGGAAAGGGGAGAUGUAUGGAACCAGAUAGCUGUAAACCUGAAUGGACUUGAUCAUCCGAAAUUCAAAGUCAGUAAAAGAUCCAUAACAGACAGACUGACCUUGCUGAUUACCAAGCAUAAAGCGAAAAUGCGCCAAGAGGAAAAUACCACUGGUAUCACUUUCGAAGAGACCGAACUAGUCUAAGCUCUCGAAGAGACAAGACGCUGUGGGAGCGUAAAUUUGGGCGUGGUUGUACUGCCGGUAUGAUACUUACACAACAUACCCUAUUGAAGCUAAACAGCUGUCAUCAUAUCUUACCAGAGAAGAUAAACCCUUUACUCCACUUGUUUGCUGAACCACACAGCUCAUACCGUAUGUCCCAAUCGACAACAAAAUCGUGUCAUUUCAUGACAAUGUUUGAAAAUAAGCACAUCUUCGAUGCAGACGUGCUUGGAGCCAAAUUGCAAAACAGGACAUAAAUGGUUACAGUCGGGAGAGUAAGGUUUAUCUCAGCUCCACUGAUACUGAAACUUUGAGGAAGAUUGACUGGCAGAUGUGUUUUCACACCCGUCACAUUGUACAGUGUAUUCCGCUUACUAACAAGGGCAAAUAAAGUUCCUUAAGUCCAGUAUCCACAAGGAUUAAUAAGAGAGUAACACAUUAGAUAAACUGGUAUAGGGCAGCACUGCUUACAGGAACACUGAUAACUAUUAACAUUUGAUAUACUAAAAUGUUCAACAUUGCUUGAGGAAAAAUCAGGUUCAAAGGUGGCAAUAUGUACACCUUUAAGUUUAUAUAUAUCCUCAUUCCUACAUUCCUAUGUAGAGUCCGAAAAUAUUGUACUAAUUUAUGCAUGGAUGGUAUUUCCAACAACACACAUGUCCCUUCACUAUGACUGUUGUGAUACAUAUCUCUAGCAUGAGAAUCAAAUACAUGAUAUCCCCCAGCCUCAAUGCUGUAAAUACCAACACCAAUAAUUGCCGCCGUUAAAAUGAAUGAGUUGUAAUUCAGUGCCAAGAGUGUUUCAAAUGUUGUACCCUGUGAGUGGCAUAUACAGUGGUGAUACCCCUCAAUUCCGGGAUCACCAUGGAUGUUACAAGUAUAACUGUCACUGUAUUCAAGGUGGAAAAAUUGCUCACUCUAAACAUUUCUGGCAAUUCUGUUAACAUUAACAUAGAUUGCCUUGCAAGCAGUGACAGACUAGAAUAUAAUUGAAUACAAACAAUCUUUAUUUGAAUCAUAUCAUUAACUGAAGUAAUUUUUGUUAUCUUACUGUAAAUUAAAGCUCACAGACUCAUUGCGACACAUUGUUGUCCAGCAUUUUCCCCAAAUACUGUAACGUUUCCUUGACAGUAUGGAGCAUGAAUUGUCAUAAUCUGAAGGUCCUGGAUUCUUCUCGAUAUCAGUACAAAGCUUAAAUUGGCCAAAAUUAACCCGGUGAUUCAAACUGUUGUAAGCACUAUAAAAUUGAUAAUGGCAUGUACAGAGGGGAAAAUUCUUACUUAAAAGCCUAUUUGGAAAUCUCAUUCCACAUAAAUCGCCUGUGCUUUGAUGCUUAGACGACAGAUACACCUUCCCUCGUUUACGAACUACUUUUGGAGUUGCCCUUAAGUAAAAACGUCACACUCUUACAGUUACUUCUGUACCUGUUUAUGUGUAAACCUUUUCUAUUUUUACCGUAACAAUAAAUUUCAGACGACAAUGGUGUAUUUUUCCGAAUACUCCUCCAUACAAAAAGUGUCACUUUCCGUGUUUUCUGUAACAAAUAUUUUAAUUUGUUCAUCGGUAGUCUGCUAGGUGCCUAUGACUGCGAUGAGAGAAAUGACUAACCUGAUUUAAACCAAUGGAAUUGUAAGUUCUGUUAUAAAUAAAUUUCGUACGACGAUAUCUCAAUUCAACUUCUUUUAUUUCCUCCACAAGACAAUUUUCCUUCUGUACAACUAGCUCAUUUCCUUCUCUUGUCGUCACCUCGCUGCCAUCAGAACACUCCAACACAAAACUUGCUGAUAAUGCAAAAUCCCGACGCACAGCAUCGUACAUGUACCGCGUCACAAUAUAUACAAUUAGAUCUAAAAACACAACACGCAAUACAAGAACAAGUGCAUUGACCGUCACCCUGCUAAACAACAUUGAAAUAAUAAAAAGAAUUGUUGCAGUUAUCACAGUAGUCCCAAAAGAAGCCUCAGUCCCUUUUGGAUUCAUUUGCUGACAAUAGCAAUCGUCUGUUCCUUCAUCGGAACAGAUUUUUAUCACAGGCAACUCGUUGUGUUCCGCAAUGCAAAAAUCAAAAUCACUAUUGUCACACUGAUAACCAGCUACAUAAAUCUUGCGACUCUCAAACUUGUUAAACAUUCCUCUGUUCAAGCUCUUAUCCAUUUUACACGUACACUCCUGAUAUUCCGAUUUGUCAUUGCGUCUAUGGGGUCCAUGAGUCUUCAAUGUCAUUGAAUGUCUUGAUAAUUUCCUUUGUUUUUCUUUGAGUUCACCAGCCCAUUCCGAAAACAUUCAGUGUUAUUUUUUAGUGUGGGCCUACCGCGAACAGUGUGUGCAUUCGUAAGUUUAACCCGGGAUAACAUGAUUGAACAAUAUAUUAGCACGUUCCUCGAAACGCUGCGGCCAAAUGUUAUCCAAACUGCUUCUUACUGCUGCUUCGAAAAAUUUCGGUUCAAACGAUAUCCAAAUCGUCCCUCAUUGGAUUAUCCACUCGACCUAACAAAAUCGACCAAUCACAAAAUAAGGAAAAGAAAAUGGACAUAAAAUAAAGAAAACAGCAAAUUCAGAUAACCUCUUAGGAAACAUGAAAUUAAAACUGUCUUUCUAUGAUUGGUGCAUUUCGAUCCUCUCGUCAAAAAAUGUCAGACGCCAAUCAUCUUAGCGGACCCCUCAGGAAACGAAAGUUUACUUCAACGGUUCAAAGGUCAUUGUUUGUGAUUUGUGAUUGGUGGAUUUCGAUCCUUUUUGUGAGUUUCUGUGUUUCAAGGUUCGUUGAUUGUGAUCUUAUUGCGACCAAAACCCGACGUUAAUAUUCCAAAUAUUUUUGAUAGAGACUUCCAAAUUUCGAUGAGGCAAAAAUACUGAAGAUUCAGAUAAACUUUUGAGAUCGUAAAAGUGCGAUAAAGUGCCGUGUGCUAGCAGAGCUUCCUUUUCCACAUGCCUUUUACCUUGUACAAGACGUUCGCAUGUCAGACAUUCGCCUCGCUUCGCUUGUUUACUUGCCUUGUUUACGUUAGCACGUAUUGCGUGCCUAUUGCACAUUUGCGUCAAAACAAGCCGCUUCCAUUACUCUAUUUGGGCCACGCCCAAAUAAUAAUUGACAGGAGAAGUUGGCCGACGAAAAAAGCUUGGAGUUAAAGAAAAAAGAAAAGGAAGAAGGAGCAGGUUGA